CAACAACGACACAGUCUAUUCAAUCCACAACAGAAUCAUCAACAACACCUACACAAAAUACAGCAUCUUUGUCUUUAACAACAGAACAACCCACAGCAACAACUACAACAAUACAAACACCACUAUCUAGGCCAACAACGAUCACAACACAAACUGUUUCCACAGCUGCACCGACACAAUCUGUUCCACUCACAAUACGAUCAUUAACACCAACACAAAGCACAGCAUCCACGGUUUCACCAGCACACAGACCAACCCAGAUUACAACUGCGACCACACAGUCAACAACUUCAGUAGAAGCUGCACUAUCCGUAACAGCUCAAUCAUUGACUUCACAAACAUCAGCAUCAUUAACAACAGAACAACCCACAACUGCAAUGCACACUGCUGAACCAACAGCAAUGCACGGCACAUCAACACCUAGUGGAUCAGUUACAACAACACAAACUGUGUCCACAGCUGCACCGACACAAUCUGUUCCACUUACAACAGAAUCAGCAACAAUGGCAACACAAACCACCUUGUCCGCGGUUUCACCAACACAAAGACAAACACAAAUUACAGUUGUAACCUCUCAAACGGCACAAAGUACAGCGUCUGUAACAACAGAAUCAGCCACAUUACAAAGACCUACUUUAUCAUCAACGACAGAACAACCCACAACUGUAAGACAUACUGAUGAACCAAGAGCAAUUCACAGUGGAUCAUUCACAACACACGCUGAUUCCACAACAACACAGACACAAUCUAUUCUACCCACAGUAGAACCAUCAACACCAACACAAAGUACAACAUCUGUGGUUUCACCAACACAAAGACCAACACAGACCACAGUUGUAACCACACAGUCAGCAACUUCAACAGAAUCUACCCCAUCUGUAACAACUACAUCAGUGGCUUCACAAACAUCAGCAUCAUUAACAACAGAACAACCCACAGCAAUGACUACAACAAUACAAACUACACCAUCUGUGGAAACAGCAUUUACAACAACAAGACAAUCUAUUCCAUCCACAAUAGAAUCAUCAACAACAGAACAACCUACAACUGAAAGACAUACUAAUGAACCAACAGCAAUUCACAACACAUCAACGCAUAGUGGAUCAGUGACUACAACAACACAAACUACAUCACCUUUGCCAACAGCAUUCACAACACAAACUCUUUCCACAGCUGCUCCAUCACAAUCUAUUCCACUCACCACAGAGUCUACAACACCAUCACAAAUUACAGUUGUACGCACACAAUCAGGAACUUCAACAGAUGCUGUGCCACCUGUAACAACUACAUCAGUGACUUCACAAACAACAUCAGCAUCAUUAACAACAGAACAACCCACAGCAAUGACUACAACAGUACAAACCACACCAUCUAUGCCAACAACAUUCACAACACAAAAUUUAUCCACAGCUGCACCGACACAAUCUGUUCCACUCACAACAGAAGCAGCAACGACAUCAACACAAACUACACCAUCUGUGGUUUCACUGACACAAAGACCUACGCAAAUGAUAGCUGUAACCACACAAUCAGCACAAACUACAAGAUCUGUGACAACAGAACCAGACACAUCACAAACAUCAACAUCAGCAUCAUUAACAACAGAACAACCCACAGCAAUUACAUCAACAAUACAAACUACACCAUCUAUGCCAACAACAUUGACAACACAAACUAGAGGAUCUGUGGAAACGGUGUCCACAACAACACCAACACAAUCGUCUUCACUCACAAUAGAAUCAUCAACAACACCAACACAAGUUACAGCUGUAACUACACAAUCAGCAACUUCAGCAGAGGCUGUACCAUCUGUAACAACAGAAUCAGCCACAUCACAAACAUCAACAUCAGCAUCAUUAACAACAGAACAACCCACAACUGCAAUGCACACUGCUGAACCAACAGCGAUCCAAAACACAUCAACACACAGUGGAUCAGUGACUACAACAUCACUAACUACACCACCUGUGGAAACAACAUUCACAACACACACUGAUUCCACAACAACACAGACACAAUCUAUUCUACCCACAGUGGAAUCAUCAACAACACCAACACAAAGUACAACAUCUGUGGUUUCACCAACACAAAGACCAACACAGAGCACAGUUGUAACCACACAGUCAGCAACUUCGACAGAAUCUACCCCAUCUGUAACAACUACAUCAGUGGCUUCACAAACAUCAGCAUCAUUAACAACAGAACAACCCACAGCAAUGACUACAACAAUACAAACUACACCAUCUGUGGGAACAGUGUCAACAACGACACAGUCUAUUCAAUCCACAACAGAAUCAUCAACAACACCUACACAAAAUACAGCAUCUUUGUCAUUAACAACAGAACAACCCACAGCAACAACUACAACAAUACAAACACCACUACCUAGGCCAACAACGAUCACAACACAAACUGUUUCCACAGCUGCACCAACACAAUCUGUUCCACUCACAAUACGAUCAUUAACACCAACACAAAGCACAGCAUCCACGGUUUCACCAGCACACAGACCAACCCAGAUUACAACUGCGACCACACAGUCAACAACUUCAGUAGAAGCUGCACUAUCCGUAACAGCUCAAUCAUUGACUUCACAAACAUCAGCAUCAUUAACAACAGAACAACCCACAGCUGCAAUGCACACUGCUGAACCAACAGCAAUGCACAGCACAUCAACACCUAGUGGAUCAGUUACAACAACACAAACUGUGUCCACAGCUGCACCGACACAAUCUGUUCCACUUACAACAGAAUCAGCAACAAUGGCAACACAAACCACCUUGUCCGCGGUUUCACCAACACAAAGACAAACACAAAUUACAGUUGUAACCUCUCAAACGGCACAAAGUACAGCGUCUGUAACAACAGAAUCAGCCACAUUACAAAGACCUACUUUAUCAUCAACGACAGAACAACCCACAACUGUAAGACAUACUGAUGAACCAAGAGCAAUUCACAGUGGAUCAUUCAGAACACACGCUGAUUCCACAACAACACAGACACAAUCUGUUCUACCCACAGUAGAACCAUCAACACCAACACAAAGUACAACAUCUGUGGUUUCACCAACACAAAGACCAACACAGAGCACAGUUGUAACCACACAAUCAGCAACUUCAACAGAAUCUACCCCAUCUGUAACAACUACAUCAGUGGCUUCACAAACAUCAGCAUCAUUAACAACAGAACAACCCACAGCAAUGACUACAACAAUACAAACUACACCAUCUGUGGAAACAGCAUUUACAACAACAAGACAAUCUAUUCCAUCCACAAUAGAAUCAUCAACAACAGAACAACCUACAACUGAAAGACAUACUAAUGAACCAACAGCAAUUCACAACACAUCAACGCAUAGUGGAUCAGUGACUACAACAACACAAACUACACCACCUUUGCCAACAGCAUUCACAACACAAACUCUUUCCACAGCUGCUCCAUCACAAUCUAUUCCACUCACCACAGAGUCUACAACACCAUCACAAAUUACAGUUGUACGCACACAAUCAGGAACUUCAACAGAUGCUGUGCCACCUGUAACAACUACAUCAGUGACUUCACAAACAACAUCAGCAUCAUUAACAACAGAACAACCCACAGCAAUGACUACAACAGUACAAACCACACCAUCUAUGCCAACAACAUUCACAGCACAAACUCUAUCCACAGCUGCGACACAAUCUGUUCCACUCACAACAGAAGCAGCAACGACAUCAACACAAACUACACCAUCUGUGGUUUCAAAGAAACAAACACAAACUAAAAUGAUAGCUGUAACCACACAAUCAGCACAAACUACAAGAUCUGUGACAACAGAACCAGACACAUCACAAACAUCAACAUCAGCAUCAUUAACAACAGAACAACCCACAGCAAUUACAUCAACAAUACAAACUACACCAUCUGUGGAAGCAACAUUGACAACACAAACUAGAGGAUCUGUGGAAACGGUGUCCACAACAACACCAACACAAUCGUCUUCACUCACAACAGAAUCAUCAACAACACCAACACAAGUUACAGCUGUAACUACACAAUCAGCAACUUCAGCAGAGGCUGCACCAUCUGUAACAACAGAAUCAGCCACAUCACAAACAUCAACAUCAGCAUCAUUAACAACAGAACAACCCACAACUGCAAUGCACACUGCUGAACCAACAGCGAUCCAAAACACAUCAACACACAGUGGAUCAGUGACUACAACAUCACUAACUACACCACCUGUGGAAACAACAUUCACAACACACACUGAUUCCACAACAACACAGACACAAUCUAUUCUACCCACAGUGGAAUCAUCAACAACACCAACACAAAGUACAACAUCUGUGGUUUCACCAACACAAAGACCAACACAGACCACAGUUGUAACCACACAGUCAGCAACUUUAACAGAAUCUACCCCAUCUGUAACAACUACAUCAGUGGCUUCACAAACAUCAGCAUCAUUAACAACAGAACAACCCACAGCAAUGACUACAACAAUACAAACUACACCAUCUGUGGAAACAGUAACAACCCACAGCAACAACUACAACAAUACAAACACCACUACCUAG